UAUUGACCGAAUUUGUCGUAAUCAAAGUCAUCUUGGAAAUUCGUUAUUGUUCUCAUUUUUUUCUAAAUUAUAUAAUAUAAAAAAAUAACUUGUGUUUCACGAAGUCGUUAUGCAUCACAAUAAUACUGAUUUAGAGAUUAUGGAGUGCCUAAAUUGUUUACUGCCUCCAAUUAAGAGGAUACCCAAGGAACAAAAUAAUUUCCCCCAAGACUUCAUAAGUCCCUCAAAGCUUGAAGUGUUCCAUCAAGUCUUCACUUCGAAGUCGUCUGUUAUAGAAACUAGUAGUACUCAGAGCUCUUUGUUUCUUUGCAACUCUUCGGAAGUCCAAUUGUCAAGCAAAGUAUCGCAAAACUUCAAUGGUAUUGGGAGGGAUUUCGCAGAAGAAAACAAGCCCGUUAUUAAAGUUACUGUAAUACCCAAACACGACAGACAAAGACCAAACAAACAAAGGCUCAAAUCAAAGACAAUAAAGAAUACGUCUUCUGACCAUGAAUAUUCUGUACACGCGAACAAUUUAUAUUUUAUUGUAACCGGAAAUAACAGUAAAGAAAAAAUCUACAACGUGAAAACAACAGAGAGCGCGGAUUUUUCUUCUGAAUAUUCAAAAAAGCAUCAUGAUAUCGAAGAGAUUUCUAUUAAAGAAUUAUCGAACAUCACUAGUCUGCUGAAAUCACUGGAUAUGGAGAAAAAUAAGAAGAAAGUAAAGAAAAAUGUGAAAGAUCACAAACCUCUGAUGAACGUUACUAUACAUCCGAAUUACAAACAGUGUAAUUGCGUCAGCAAGGAUUGCAGCAACAUAACUGAUGAUUUGAACAAAGUAGCCAGCAGAGUCCGAAUAUUUGGACGCCUAGGUCUAAAUAAUAACGAUGAGUUCGUUAUGAAUUGCGCUGCCACAGUAAAUGAUAGUCUAAUUCCGACAAAUUAUCCUACAAAUGAAAGUAUAUCCUCACCAGUUCAUUACACGGACAGCACAAGACCACAGUCACCGAUAGUUUUGAACAAAAUCGCCUGCAUCAAUCCGGAAUGUAGUAAAAAUUGCGAUCUCUGGUCACAAGACAGUCAUGCUUAUGGUCGGGACUUCAGAAACACCAAAGAAGUCAAUGUCCAGGUUAAUACAAUUCCUAGCAUCGUUCAAGUUUCAAGGCCUACUAAUUUGCGACGCAAAGAAUCACAAGGAACACAGGUUGAUUUUUUCAGAAAUGACGCAUUUGAGAAAGCUCAGUCUGUUAACCACAAUGAUAAAACAGCUCAAUGCAAUUGCAUGAAUUGUAAAAACACACUAGGUCCCAAUGAAUCUAAAGAAACACAAAACCCUCUAGUUGUUAUAUCGGUUUAUCCUAAAGAAGAAACAACAGAUCUAGUUAAAAUCACACAACAUUCCGGAGAGAAAAGCCGUACUAGCUCACCACUAACUAAUUACAUGAGAUCAAAUACAAAAGAAUUAAGGGGAACACGGAGAAAUUUAAGUGAAAAAAUUUACAGCCCGAAAGCAAGCCGAUCACCGUCGCCGAAUAGAAAUUCAAAACUUCAAAAAAAUAAAGAAGAUAGAACUAUUCAAUCAGGAGCGUGUAGUUCUAAAUGUCAGAAUGGCUUGAAAAUGCAAAAAUCCUAUCGACCCCUCAAUAUAGUAGACAAAAAAGAGCCAAUUAAAAGAAGUAAAAAUUUGUCUGAUUCAAUAAACACUGGACAAUAUGGUAACAAAGUAAAAAAUACUACAGGAAUCAAUCACAUGCCUACUGUACGUGAUCAAACCACAACGAAAACGGAAAUAAAAAGAGCAUUAAUAGACAGUUAUACGAAAAACAUAAUAGAGAAUAUGGAUAAACAGAAAAUGAAUCCUACUAACAGACUAUCAAAUGUCAAAAUCAAUAUUGAUAACAAUAAUGAGUUUUACGAUGUAACGCUGCAACAAGAUAAAAGAACAACUGAUUUGAAAAUUAGAAAAAAAAUCAAAGAUGAUUCCGCAAAGAACGUGUUAACUGAUGUAUCUGUUAAGGAGCCUAAGAGAAAAUCUCGUGACUUUUGUUGUAGGACUCGAACUGAUACAGGGAGGCGUUCUGAAAAGCCAAAUAUAAAUAUUCGAGAUAGUUUGGAAAUUUCUCACAGGCGUGAAACCAAUCAAGGCUUAAAAAAUAUGCAAAUAAAAAACAGCAAAACAAAAAACGACGAUUUAGUAAACAGAGCUCAUAUCAAACAUUUUGUUGGAGAUAGCUGCAAGCUUCCUGAUCCCCUUGAGAGAGAUAAACAAAUUAGGGAACUACUUGGAUUGAAUUGGAUACAUCAAAGUGUGGGUACUACGUCAAAGAUAACAAAAAUGCAGUCUAAUUCCUUUGGAAACAUUAAAGAAGACAUUCAUUUAAGAAAAAAGGUCUCUACAAAACACCGCGAUAACAACUCCCAAACUGAAGAAACAGAAAUCAUACACGAAAUUGGAAAAAAUAUAUUUAAAACUGCGGAAUUUGCCACCCAGUGUGACCGAGAAAUAAAUAGAACCAUAUACCAAGAGCUCGUUCUUCACCGAAACAUCGAAGUGUUCUUACAAUUUGAUCGUUUCACAAAACAAAAGCCAGUCGUAUUAUCUCGAAGACAGUACGUAACAAUCAAGAGAACUUUACAGAAAAGCAUGUCAAAAAGAGCCAAUUUAGACAAAAGGAAGAAUUGCAUUUGCAAACGAAGCUUAGUUUCCGUUGGUGACGUCAAAAAGAAAAUACGAAAAUUAAAAUUAUUCAAUAACGGCUGUGAUAAGAUAACUCAGACCGAAACACAGACACAGAUCCCGCUGUCUAGCAAUAAUAGAAGACUACUAACAAAUAAUUCGAACGGUCGUAUUGAGAGUUGUUGCGAUGAAACCGAACAAUUACAGACUAUUGUUCUGUUCAAUUCUAAAGAUGUACAAAACAAGAUGCCUGAAGAGUUGUCGGUUCCCACAAGACAAGCGGUUUCGUCCGUAGAAGUUAAUUAUAGCGUUUCUUGUAAGCAAAAUGUAUCGUUUUCUUCGACUAAAAUUAAUUCAUUGCACUCGUCGAACUUUAUAGUUAAAAAGGAUUCAAUUCAAACUCUAUUCAGAGGUUGGAGAAAAUCUCCCACUCCAAAUCUAGGAACAUCAGCUUAUUCAUUAGAUUCCGAAGCGAUCGAACCGCUCACGACAUCAGUUAGAAAUUUGAUGGAACCGUUCAAAAUUGAGAAGGAGGAAAAUAGGCGACCAUUUUUCAAGAGAUUAAUGUCUUGUCUGGUGAUGCGAUCGAAAAUUUCGCAAAUUAAAAUACCGACGAAUCCGUCUCCGUUGCCAAUGGAAACAUCUAUGGAUUCUUAUCACAUUAGUACGUCGCUCGGUGCAAUGGAAAUGACUUCGUCCAUGUAUGACACGUCGAUUUCGUUCUACACCGACCACAACGUGUUCGAAACUAGCAGUAAAACAAAACGAAGCUUCUUUAAUUCCGUGAGAGGCUUUCUAACAAAUCGUAAGAGUUAAGAAACUUUAUAGAUACUUACUCUGUUAAUCUGAUAUUUCUGUUUAAAAUUCAUUAAUGGCAUUGUAUUAAUUGUAUUCUUAAUGUUUUUAGAGUUAUUAGGCAUUGUGAUAAUGUUUAUUUUCUAAUAAAGUUUUUGUCUCAUUAUAA